GACACGUCUCUGAUCAACAGCACGAUUGUGGAGAUCCUGCAGGCCAGCGAGAGUGUGCGGGAGCGUCGCGGGGCGCUGCAGGUGAUCGGGCUGGUGACGCAGAAGUACCCAGCGCACAUGUACCCGUUCCUGGGCGGGCUGGUGGCCGCGAUCGUGCAGGCGAUAGAUCCAAAGCGCGCGACGCUGCGCAAGGCGCUGAUAGCGGCAGCCGGGGCGGCACUGCAGGGGCUGGUGAAGGCGUAUCCGUGGGUGUCGUUCCACAGCGAGUCGCAGUGCCUUGUGGCCGGGUGCAUUGACGGCCUCUGUACGACCUUCGAUUUACGCACGGCGACGCGUACGGCCGUGUAUGAUAGCGGUGCGGCGUCGCCGGUCGCAGCCGUGGCGAUUUCGCCC